UCACCCCGGUCUGCGAAGCUUGCUCUCCAGCUAGAGGAAAAAGCUCAAUACACCUCGGUCCAGGUUUUUGCGAGGGUUUUCUUCCAGAAUCCAAAAAUCAUUCCGGAAACAGAAAAUGGCUCUGUGGAGAGCAAGACCCUCCGGAAUCGCUCUUGCCUCCUCCAUCGCCCACCACGCUGCAGCAUCUUUCCGCCGCUCAAGCCCCUUCAACCAAAAUCCUCCCCCUGUCCUCCUAAUCCGCCAUUUCCGCUCUGGCCGCUCCCGCGAUGACUUCUCGGCAGCUCGCUAUGAGCAACCAGGGCCGCCGACAAACUGGGGCAUCCGCAUUGUCCCCGAGAAGAAGGCAUUCGUAGUGGAACGAUUCGGGAAGUAUCUUAAAACCCUAUCCUCUGGGAUUCACCUCCUUGUUCCCUUCGUUGAUAGAAUCGCUUACGUUCACUCGCUCAAGGAGGAGGCGAUCCCGAUCCCGGACCAGUCUGCCAUUACCAAGGAUAAUGUCAGCAUACUCAUUGAUGGAGUUUUGUACGUCAAGAUUGUUGACCCGUGUCUUGCUUCGUACGGAGUGGAGAACCCGAUAUAUGCGGUGAUCCAGCUGGCCCAAACUACUAUGAGGAGUGAACUUGGGAAGAUUACUCUUGAUAAGACAUUUGAAGAGCGGGAUACUCUUAAUGAGAACAUUGUGAGGGCAAUUAACGAGGCUGCUACUGACUGGGGUUUGAAGUGUUUACGUUAUGAAAUAAGGGAUAUAUCACCACCUCCUGGAGUGAAAGCUGCUAUGGAAAUGCAAGCUGAGGCAGAGCGAAGAAAACGUGCUCAAGUACUGGAGUCUGAAGGAGAGAGACAAUCAAAUAUAAACAUUGCUGAUGGGAGGAAAAGUUCUGUGAUCUUGGAAUCAGAAGCUGCAAUGAUGGAUCAGGUAAAUAGGGCUAAAGGUGAAGCUGAAGCUAUACUAGCUAAAUCUCGAGCAACUGCUGAAGGACUCAAGUUAUUGUCAACGGCAAUUAAAGCGGAUGGAGGAUUUGAGGCAGCAGGCCUAAGAGUCGCUGAACAAUACAUCACUGCAUUCUCCUCAAUAGCAAAGGAGGGAACAACUAUGUUGCUACCGACUGCCGCUGGUAAUCCAUCUUCUAUGAUAGCUCAGGCUCUCUCCAUAUACAAAACACUUCAGUUUGGGAGCUCAAACGGUCGGAUUCCUGGCCAGGGGGAAAACAAGGCCGAAGAUCUUACUGGUACAGAGGCCACUGACACAACUCAUUCGUGGACAUCAUCCAUUUCCAAAGCUUCAAGUCCCACUACAGAUACCAGCAGUAAGGGAUUCUCUCUUGCAAAGCCCCAUAAAGAUGAGUAGCCUACCUUUGCAUUGAAGUUAAAUAAUGGAAACAUAAUAAAAUUUUGGCAAUUUGUUUCUUGUAUUUGAACCUGCAGCCAUAGGUCUUAAAACCUUUUGGCUCUUUCAUUUUGAAACUCCCAAUACUAAAGUUGUAUUCCCUAUAUCUUCCUACAGCAAGCAGGGAUGAGGUUUAGAUUCUUUCUCUCCAUAUUAAUUUGUACGAGGCAUGUCUUUUUGGCGUUAGCCUUCAAAUUCAUCCAUCAUUAAAGGAAAUGGUGAGAGAGCUAUUGGCAAUUUACUAACUUGUGGUAAGUAGUGAAGUUUUAUUUU